AUGGAGAAGAAGACAGAUUCUAAAGAGGUUUCCAUCCCUGAGGAUACCAGCUCGGGUGAUAUUUUACCAUUCCGACAGACGAAACGCGGUCUGACAUCUCGCCAUGUGCAAUUAAUGGCCAUCGGUGGUUCAAUUGGUACUGGACUUUUCGUAGGUAUUGGAUCCUACCUGCGGGAUGCCGGGCCGUUGUCAGUCUUCCUUGGGUAUCUUAUUUGGGGAUGUCUCUUCAUCUUGCCUGUCAAUUUAUGUGUUGGAGAAAUGGCUGCAUAUCUUCCUAUUCGUGGAUCAAUCUUUGAACUCGCUGCCAGGUUUAUUGACCCGGCAUUUGGGUUUGCUAUGGGCUGGGUAUACUUUUAUGGCGGUGUGAUGCUAGUAUGUACGGAGUACUCGGCAGUCGCGACAAUCAUGCAAUACUGGAACACAAGCGUCAACCCAGCCGUUUGGGUCGCCAUGGCACUGAUAGUUUGCACAGCGCUUAACCUUAUCUCCGUGAGAUGGUACGGCGAGAGCGAGUUUAUCCUAGCGUCGACCAAGGUCCUUCUCCUUAUUGGACUCGUCCUCCUCACCUUCAUCACCAUGGUCGGAGGAAACCCCAAGCACGAUGCUUAUGGCUUCAGGAAUUGGACCGAAGGCGUCAUGUUCGAAUACUAUACCGAGGGCACCACCGGCCGAUUUUUGGGCUUCUUCUCGGUCAUGGUCUUUGCGGCCUUCUCCGUGGCUGGACCCGAUCUCCCAGCCCUGGCCGCAGGAGAAAUCCAGAACCCACGAGUCACCAUCCCCCGAGUUGCAAAGAUGACUUUCUGGCGCAUUGUCGGAUUUUACGUCGUCGGAGUCCUAGCUGUGGGCAUCAUCUGCAGCCCACGCGACCCACGUCUCAUCUCGGCAAUUAGUGACGGUGCUUCAGGCUCCGCUGCUUCACCUUGGGUCAUCGGAAUCGAAAACCUCGGUAUCAAGGGUCUGCCCGAUCUGAUCAACUUCCUGAUUUUGUUAUCGGGCUGGUCAUGUGGAAAUGCAUACCUUUACAGCUCCAGCCGAACGCUCUACUCUCUCGCCCGCGAUGGCCAAGCGCCAAAGUUCCUUUUAAAAUGCACUGCAUCCGGCAUCCCUAUCAACUGUGUUGUCACAGUAUCUGUUCUAUCUUGCAUCACCUUCCUCGUGGCUAGCACCUCUUCCGUCGAGGUGUUCUUCUGGUUCGUCGAUCUGACGACCAUCGCCUUCGUACUCACCUACACAGGCAUGGUCUGCGUCUUCAUCGCCUGGUACCGCGCCUUGAAAGCGCAAGGAAUCGACCGCAAGUCCUUCGUCCCCUGGGCUGCGCCGUUCCAGCCGUACGGGGCUAUUCUUGCUAUUAUUAUCGGCUGCUUGACUGCUGUCUUCAAUGGCUUCGCUGUCUUUAAGCCUUUCAGCGUGCAGGGGUUCAUUACCUCGUAUUUCGGCCUGGCGUUCUGGGUUAUCAUGUUUGGUUUCUGGAAGGUGUAUCAUAAAAGCUCCUUUGUCAAAGUCGCAGAGGCGGAUUUGUACUCUGGAAAGGCGGAGAUUGAUGAAGAGUGCAAGAUCUGGGAAGAGGGUGGUUGGGCUGAACGGCGGAAGGAAGAGCUGGCUAAUAUGCAUUGGGUUAGGCGUGUAUGGGAGAAAAUGUGGUGA